AUCUUAUUCCCCAAGUCAUAGAAGCAUCUGGAGUGUAAGAAUCCCAAGAAUUUCCACACCCUAAUCCUUUCAUAAGACCCCUCGACCUCCUUCUUUCCUUCCAUCACAGUCCAAUCUCCAAACUCCAAAGAUCCCCUUCUGUCGCUGCUCUGUUCUGCUCUGUUCUGCUCUGUUCUGGUCUUUUCACAAAACAAAAACCCACAUGGGUACCCUGAUAGGCCAUGUAGCUCCAGGUUUUGGGUUCCUCUUUAUUGGUUUAUGGCAUCUCUUCAACCACACCAAGCUCUACGCCCUCAACCCAAGCUCAUACUCUGCUUCUCCAUGGUUCCCAUCCUCAAAAAUAAGGUACUUGGAGCUCUACUUGAUCAUGGUGGGCAGCUGGGCAUCAAUAGCCAUGGAGCUUUUCAUAGGCCCUGUGAAACACCAACCAUUUGAUGAUGAUGGGACCAUACCAUCAAACCAUCUCCACAACUUCGAGCAUGCGACCAUCUCCUUGUCCUUCUUCAUCUACGCAACCUUGGCAAUCGUGCUUGAUCGAAUGAAGCCAAAAGCCCAUUAUGAGCUCGUGCAAUUGAUUGGAGCUUUUGCCUUUUCCCAACAGUUCCUCCUCUUCCACCUCCACUCAGCAGACCACUUGGGCGUGGAGGGUCAGUACCAUUUGCUUCUGCAAGUAGUCAUUUUGGUGUCUCUGGUCACAACCCUCAUGGGUAUCACUUACACCAAGAGCUUCUUAGUGGGUUUCAUAAGGUCUCUCAGUAUUUGCUUUCAAGGUGCUUGGUUUGUGUUCAUGGGGUUCAUGCUCUGGACUCCUGGGUUAAUCCCAAAAGGGUGUUUCUUGAACUUGGAAGUAGGUCACUUGGUGGUGAGAUGUAGGAGUGAUGAGGCCCUCCAUAGAGCUAAAUCACUUGUGAAUCUUCAGUUUAGCUGGUUCUUGGCCAUGUCCGUGGUGCUUGCCAUGGUUUUCUACCUGGGUCUGCUCAGAAUAUAUCCAGAGAAGGUGGAUUAUUGGCCUCUGGAGAAGGAAGAUGAAGAUGGAUCACAGGACUUGGAGUCUCAGAAGAGGAACAACAGCAACUUUGAGGAGUCCAAGAGUUUCCUACCUAUGGGAAAGGGCAGGAGCCGCAGGACUGCUUUGGAGAUGGAAAGGUAGGAGGAGAUGACUGGCUUCGCUGCUUAGGAAAGGGAGUGAUAUGGUUAGGUAUGUGUCACUUUAAUUGGAGUUCCUUUUAUUUAAUCUGUGCAUACUUGGGCCUUCAGACCUAUGAGAGAAAAAUGCACAUAAUAGAGAGGGAAGAAGGUUUGAAAUUUUUUUUUCCUUGGUGGUGUUUGGAUGUACAUAUCGUCACCCGAAAAGGAAAAAAACGUGUUAGAUGUACAUGUAUCUAAAGGGUUUGUCUAUUUGAAAAAAGAUUAUCUUUCAUA